AUGUGGGUCACCGCGUCAGCGGGUGCUGAGAUACUAGAUGCGAGAUUGGGAUUAACAAAGGUCUUGUUUAAACUUGUAUCUGAGCCCCCCGUGGGAGGAUCUACCCUUCAGAAGGGGGAUUUGCCCACGUCCAGCUUCAACACAUGCCCUGGUGAGAAGAACGAACCUGUUGAUCAACAAUCUAACCGAGCGCCAUGGGGGAGAGAUCGAGCGCUGGUGAGCCGGGGUGACGUCGAGGACAGGGAACGAAGGCCCGGGUCCAGACGGCAACCGAGCGUGUACCCGGCGAAGAACCGAGACCCACAAGCUUUGAGGUCGGUGUAUGCAUUUUUAAAACACCUCUUUGGCCAUGUCGCGUGGACAUGCAUGGUCGACUCUGCAUUACGGCUCUUGCAUCGCGCUCUGCUCCCCAUUUUCGGCCAGGGGAACGGUACAACACCAAACAUUGUCCAAGGUCGAGGGUCAAAAGCAGGCAACCCAGGCCUUGAGCCCACCGACCGCGCGUGGGCAACGGAGCUCCGUGCGGCCCUGAGCGAGCUCCGCGAUGCUGUCAGAGAAAAGCUGCGUGAUCUACCACUGUGUCGACAGCAUGCACUUAUGGAUGUGCCCCUCGAGGCCGCGUGCGACCUGGCGUCCCGUGGCGGAGGCGGGCCUCGCGGCACCGGCCGAACAGCCGGACACGUCCAAGUUGCGCCCUCGACCUCGACGUCGAAGCUUGCGGGCUGUCGGAAUCCGUCCAGAUCGGACUCUUCUUCGGGAGAGACGAGGCCACCCCAUCCGCGCGCAGCUGCAGAAGCUCAACGUAUCUACGGCAGGCCCCUCGAUCCGCAGCCACGCGGACGCCUCGCGCGACCAAGCCGUCUUUUGCUCCUUCGUGCUCAUCUUGCCCGCCGCAUCCAAGGCGACACGCUCGUCGUGCGCGAGCGCGACAGCGAGCGGACGCCCGACGUGCUCGCGUCCACGACGCCCUCCGCCCUCCGCGCCGUGUACCUCGCGCACUUCCAGCUCAAAGACGUCAAGCGCGAGAUGCUCCUCACGCAUGCCGGGUACCGCGUCACACACGCUCGCGUUCGCUGA